AUUGACAGCGCGCUGGCGGCCACUGCAGCCCGGCUCGGAAACAUGCACAGAGCCUGAGCGGCUUCUGGAGGGAGUGGUGCUCCGGACUUUUCUCUGCCGUCGGGGGCGUCCUUUUCGCCCCCCCCCCGCCCCCUCCCCACCCCCGCCGCCAGCCCCUCCCAGCGGCGGUGGGAGCCGGGUCCAGGGGCCGCUGGAGGAGGGACAAUGGCCGGGGCUCGUCCCGGGGUCCACGCCCUGCAGCUGAAGCCAGUGGCUGUUCACGAAACGUUGAAGAAGGGAAGCAAAUUCAUCAAAUGGGACGAGGACCCAGCGAGCAGGACCCUAGUCACUCUCCGUGUGGAUCCCCAGGGCUACUUCCUGUACUGGACCGGGCAGAACAAUGAAGUUGACCUGCUGGACAUCUGCUAUAUCCGGGACACCCGGACAGGACGGUUUGCCAGAGUACCCAAGGACCCGAAGCUGCGGGAGCCGCUGGGCUUUGGGAAGCCGGAGGAUCGGCCGGAGAACAAGGCGGUGACGGUGGUUUACGGCUCCGACCUGGUCAACAUCAACUUCCUCAACUUCAUGACCAUGCAGGAGGAGACGGCCAAGAUCUGGACUGAAGAACUGUUCAAACUGGCCACCAACAUCCUGGCCCACAACGCUUCCAGGGAGGCCUUGCUGCACAAAGUGUACGUCAAACUGAAACUGCAGGUCAACCAGGACGGACACAUCCCUGUCAAGAACAUCAUCAAGCUGUUCUCCGUGGACAAGAAGCGGGCGGAGAGCGCGCUGGACUCCUGCGGCCUCAACUUCAGCCGGCACGAGUCCAUCAAACCCGAAGACUUCACCCCGGAGAUCUUCCACUUCUUCCUCAGCAAGAUGUGCCUGCGUCCAGACAUCGACAAGAUCUUCGCUGAGCAGGGGGCCAAGGGCAAACCCUACCUCACCUUGGACCAGAUGGUGGACUUCAUUAACCUGCGGCAACGGGACCCCCGGCUCAACGAGGUCCUCUACCCCCCUCUCAAGGCCCAGCAAGUGCAGCAGCUCAUUGCCAAGUAUGAGCCGAACAAGAACUUUGCCAACAAAGGACAGAUCUCAUUGGACGGAUUCUCACGAUUCCUCAGCGGGACGGAGAACACCAUCGUCCCUCCCGAGAAGCUGGACGUCAGCGACGACAUGACCCAACCCCUCAGUCACUACUUCAUCAACUCCUCCCACAACACCUACCUCACAGCGGGUCAGCUGGCCGGGAACUCCUCGGUGGAGAUGUACAGGCAGGUCCUCCUGACGGGUUGUCGCUGUGUGGAGCUCGACUGCUGGAAGGGUCGGCUGCCCGACGAGGAGCCCUUCAUCACCCAUGGCUUCACCAUGACCACCGAGAUCCCCUUCAAGGAGGUGAUUGAAGCCAUCGCAGAAACUGCCUUCAAGACCAGCCCCUACCCCCUGGUGCUGUCCUUUGAGAAUCACGUCGACUCGUCCAAGCAACAAGCCAAGAUGGCAGAGUACUGUCGUACCAUCUUUGGCGAUGCUCUGCUGAUCGAACCCCUGGAGAAAUACCCGCUCCAGCCCGGCGUGGUCCUCCCCUCCCCCCAGGAGCUGAGGGGCCGGAUCCUGAUCAAGAACAAGAAGAAGCACCAGGUGAAGCUGGGCGAGGGAAGCGUGAGGCACAGGUCGAUCCCACAGGCCUCCCAGGGCUGCGUAGAGGGGGGCAGUGUCAGCGAGCCCACCUCCCCUGGCACAGUGGAGUCGGGAGACGGGGGCCAGAACCUGGCCAACGGUGACUACCAGUUACCCAGGGAACUGGAGGAGGUGGUGAAGAUCCCAAGGAAGUCCAUUGAUCGGGAGACGGAGAGUGACUUCGAGGAAGAGGAGGAGCAGGAUUUAAAGAAGCAGCCUAGCACGACAGAUGAGGGCACGGCGGGAAGUGAGGUCAAUGCCACCGAGGAGAUGUCCACCCUGGUCAAUUACGUGGAGCCGGUCAAGUUCAAGUCCUUCGAAGUGGCCUGCAAGAGGAACAAGUACUACGAGAUGUCGUCAAUGGUGGAGACAAAAGGAUUAGAGCAGCUCACGAAAUCGCCGGUGGAAUUUGUGGAAUACAACAAGAAGCAGCUGAGCCGCAUCUACCCCAAGGGCACGAGGGUCGACUCCUCCAACUACAUGCCCCAGGUCUUCUGGAGCACUGGCUGCCAAAUGGUGGCCCUCAACUUCCAGACCCUCGACCUCCCGAUGCAGUUGAACAUGGGCAUCUUCGAGUACAACGGGGGCAGUGGCUACAUCCUCAAGCCGGAGUUCAUGAGGCGGACGGACAAGCACUUUGACCCCUUCACCGAGAACAUCGUGGACGGAGUCGUGGCCAAUACUGUCUCCGUCAAGAUCAUCUCCGGCCAGUUCCUGUCUGACAAGAAGGUAGGGAUGUAUGUGGAGGUGGACAUGUUCGGGCUUCCCAUCGACACCAAGCGCAAGUUCCGCACCAAGACCCUCACCAACUCGCUCAAUCCCGUCUGGGAUGAGGAACCUUUCGUCUUCCGCAAGGUGGUCCUGCCCACCCUCGCCUCUCUGCGAGUGGCCGUGUUUGAGGAAGGGGCCAAGUUCAUUGGUCACCGGGUGCUCCCAGUCUCAGCGAUCCGGCCGGGUUACCGAUACAUCUGCCUGCGGAACGAGGCUAACCAGCCCCUCCAGCUUCCCGCUCUCUUCGUCUAUACCGAGGUGAAGGACUUUGUCCCGGACACGCACGCAGAUUACAUCAAGGCUCUGUACAACCCCAUCCAACAUGUCAACCUGAUGGAGCAGAGAUCCAAACAAUUGGUGUCACUGACCGGCGAGGAUGAGACGUUACGGUUGGUCAGCACGGAAUCCUCUGUCACCACGGAGGAGGUGAAGAACAAGCCUGACGUGUGUAGCGCCGCUCCCGUCCCCAGGAGCUCCCUCACUCCGUCCAUCGGCGAAAUGAAGCCCAGCGGAGAGACAGGUACUUCAGAGCCGUCAGCACAGGCAUCCAGUGGGCGACUCGGUGGCGCAGCAGGCAACUGCCGGCCACAGGAGGACCUGAUUCCCAGCAUUUUAUCAGAGGUGACGGCGGUUCCGGUCGGGGAGCUGAAGCAGCAGAAGGCCUACGUGAAGCUGCUGAAGAAGCAACAGAAGGAGCUGCAGGAGCUGCAGAGGCGGCACCUGAAGAACAUGGCGGCCCUGAGGAAGGAGCAGAGGGGCAAACUGAGCGAGCUGGAGAGCAGCGCGGCGCGGCGACGCUCCCUCAUCGCCAGAGCCAUCAAACAGGGCAGCAAGGCCAAGUGAGUGCCACCCGACCCCCUCCCCUGACCCUCUUCCCCCUCACUCCCUCCCCCUUCUCCCCUGACCCCCCUCAUCCCCCACCCUUCUCCCCAACACCCUCACUCCCCCUCCUCCCCUC